AAGAGAGGGAGGAGAGAUAAACACACACCACCUAGAACGUCAAACAAGAGUAAGUGUCAGACAGAAACAGGCAGAGAGGAAGAAGGGAGGGAACAGGGGAGAUAAAGGAUAGGAGAAAUAGCUGACCGUGAGUGAAAGAGGAGAGCGACAAAGAUAAACAAAGAGAGCUUUUGAAGGGAGACAGUGGGAGAGAGGUGUGUGUAUAUAUAUAAAUAGAGAGUGAGAGGUGGACCCAGCAGAAGCAGGACUGCUGUACAGUGUGUUGUGUUGGGACCUUCCUCCAGGGAGCCUAGUGGAGCAGAGCUUGGUGCCCGGUGAGAGAGAGACCCCCCUGGGACACAGACACAGCCAUGGAUCCCUCUGCGUCGGAUGAGGUUGGAGACGAGUGCAAGGAGAGCAGGAAGAUCCACUUUGCUGUGCAGUCCUCGGCACCCACCCAACUGGACCCCCGGCAAGUAGAGAUGAUCCGGCGUCGGCGGCCUACACCUGCAACACUGUUCAGAGUGGCAGACCAGUGUUCCCCUGAGGAUGAUCAGUCCACCCAUCAGUGGAUUGUAGGAGAGAAUGGGGUACUCAAGCCCAAGCGAGUCAACCCAAAUGUGUAUCAGCCACCAUCCCUGAAAGCCGUUCAGAAGAUGGCUGAGGCACACAUGCAGAACCUGGGUGUCUACCCCCCCUUGGAAGACCCCUUUGAGGGGGAGGAGUACGACGACUACCCCUGUCAUGAGGAGAGGGAGGAGAGAUUCCCCACCAAAGCUGCUGACCCCCAAGCGACCAGCACCACAGAUCAAUCAGAGAAGCCGGAUGAAGAGGAGGAAGAGAAAGAGAAAGAAGAGGAAAAGACGGAAGAAAAGACAGAGGAGAAGGCAAAGAAAGUGCGCAAAAGUGUAAAGUUUUAACACUAAACAAACAAAAAUGAAGGGAGAGAUGGAUGGUUGCAGAUGUGUGAAUGAUUGAGUGAAUGAAUGAGUGGUUUAAUGUGUGAACUUGUGAGUGAGAAAGAGAGCUUCUAAGUUUGAAUGGUGCAUUUUCAAAUUAAAUGAAUGAAUGACUGAAUGAAUGUAGGCACUGUUAGCAAAUCUGUGAGCAAAAAAUCUGUACAUUAUUCUAGAAGGGGAGAAGGAGAGGGAGAGGGAGAGGGGGGAGAGAGAGUGUGUAAUAGAUAUUGCCCUUGUGAAGAGGUGAGGAGUGGCUCAGUGGAUAGGGCAAGGUCACCAACGUAACUGUGACCUUGAGGUCCCGCACUGCAACGCUAGUCUUCUCUUCCAUGUCAGGGGAACCAUUCAUUCACUUCUUAAUUUCUAGCUUUGCUCUUUAAUGUUACAGAGCAAUGGAAUAAUGGCUAGAAAUAAUAACUACACAUGACACUCAAAAUAACUGUAAACGGACAAAUGCUGAUGAACAGCUUCAGUAUAGAGGACACACACACACACACACACACACACACACACACACACACACACACACACACACACACACACACACACACACACACACACACACACACACACACACACACACACACACACACACACACACACAGAGGAGAUAUCAUUAGUCUCUGACUAUCAUCUCUGACUAUCGGUCCAGACUAUAUUCUAAAGCUGCUCCAUUACUGUGCAGAUAUGAUAAUACAGACUCCUAAAUCACAAAGACCUGUAUUAUGUGUAUCAAAUUUCACUCUGGCCUAGAUUGGAUAUCUCUGCAGCCUAAUCAUAUUGAGAUCUUGUUCUUGGAAGAAGUGAGCAGCUGCUGCCAUCUUGUGGCAAGAUAGGAGAUGUAGAAUAACCAGAGAGUAUAUAUCGACAUGGAUUUACAUACAAUAAACUGUGCACGGCAUAGGCCUUCAGAUAAUAUGCAUCUAUAUAAUUGAAAUGAUCUAGAUUUGUAAUGCAUUUGACACAUUUAUUUGUGAUGCAUUUGAAGUUAUUUUUGGUGCCCAUCGAAGCUAUUUGCGUCAAUGAUGUACUCUGGGUGUAUGUGAGGAUGCCAUGCUUUUGUAAAAGUAGUCCAAUUUAGUUUUUUUGUGAGAUAAAAACAUGUAUUCAUUUUGUAUACAGAAUCAGAUUCUUAUUGUUUGUUUGUUUAAAUAAUUUCCUGUGUAAAGACCUAUUAAUCAACUUAGCUGUAUAUGGUCUCUCUCUGUUGAAUAAUUGUCACAAUGUUUAGUAACCUUUCAGUCAUGACUUGGAUAACUGUGUUUUUCAUAUUCUCAUGAAAAACAAUACAGACAAUACAAUACAUCGUGACUCUCUUUCUCUCUCUCUCUUCCUGCUGAAAUGGAAUGACACAUUUGAAUAUAAAAAUAUUCACCCUCAGAAUGUCAUUAUCAUCAUAUACUCAUUGAUAAUGUCAGCCUAAUAAACAGUUGUCUUUAUUUCCAUCACAUCUGUUCUCCAACUGCAGGAUUGCUUGAGUCAGCGGAAUACAUGUGUUGUAGUGUCUCAGUUGAAUGUCUCAAUCUGUACCAACUGUUAAUAUAUAGUAGUUGUUUUGAUUCUCUUUUUGUUGGACAAAGUGUUGAGACAUAUGGCACCUACUCCCUCCAUUGUCUGGCUGGAGUGAGAGCAUACUUUCCUUCUCCAAGUCUAUCUAUCCUCUAUGGUCAAUAGACGAGUGCCAUGGCAAGAAUGAACUCUAAUCGCACUAUUCUUCUUUAUUCCACUUUUUGUUUUCAUUCUUUUUUCUGUACUUGUUAAAGAUGUAGACAUUUCAAUGUGAGCAACAAUAACACUAUCUAAAUAAACACAUUUUUUCUGAUUUGAAA